UGACUCCGUCUGGGUGGGAGAAGGUUUGGUGCAUCGGUGGAUACCGGGAGGCUGCCAUCAGGAGUCCACAGAUACUUUCUUCACAUUCGUGGCCUCCUUAAGGAUCGACUACGACCACACUUCCUGCUCCUUGCUCUUCGUCACCCUCAUCUUCCUCGUCGCGAGCAGCAGUAAUCCCGCGGUGCAUUCCUAGCGGUCCAAGGCGCAGCGCUCGACCGAACAACCGGCGAAGAUGUCUGGCUACCAGGGCAAGAAGAACAUCCCCCGCAUCACAAGCGACCGUCUCCUCAUUAAAGGGGCGAAGAUCGUGAACGAUGACCAGUCGUUCUGUGCUGACAUCUACAUCGAGGAUGGAGUCAUCAAACAAAUUGGGGAAAACCUCAUCGUGCCCGGCGGGGUCAAAACCAUCGACGCCCACAGCCGCAUGCUGAUGCCGGGCGGCCUCGACACGCACACCCGCUUCCAGAUGCCGGACCGAGGCAUGACGUCUGCAGACGACUUCUACCAGGGGACCAAGGCCGCGCUCGCCGGAGGCACCACCAUGAUCAUUGACCACGUGGUACCUGAGCCCGGCGUCAGCCUCCUCUCCGCCUUCGAGCAGUGGCGCGAAUGGGCCGACAGCAAGUCCUGCUGCGACUACUCUCUGCACGUGGACAUCACCGAGUGGCACCGGGGCAUCCAGGAGGAGAUGGAGGCGCUGGUGAAGGAUCACGGUGUCAACUCUUUCCUGGUCUAUCUGGCUUAUAAAGACGUUUUCCAGCUCACUGACGCUCAGGUGUAUGAGGUGUUCAGUGUGAUCCGCGACCUGGGGGCCAUCGCUCAGGUGCACGCUGAGAACGGAGACAUCGUAGCUGAGGAGCAGUGUAAGAUCCUGGAGCAGGGGAUCACUGGGCCUGAAGGCCACGUGCUGAGUCAUCCUGAGGAGGUGGAGGCGGAGGCUGUGAACCGCUCGGUGACUGUGGCCAAUCAGACCAACUGUCCCCUGUACGUGACCAAGGUGAUGAGCAAGAGCGCCGCUGAUGUCAUCGCUCAGGCGAGGAAGAAGGGCACCGUGGUCUACGGCGAGCCGAUCACUGCCAGCCUGGGAACGGACGGUUCCCACUACUGGAGCAAGAACUGGGCCAAAGCGGCCGCCUUCGUCACCUCCCCCCCCCUGAGCCCCGACCCGACCACACCAGACUAUCUCAACUCCCUGCUCUCCUGCGGCGACCUGCAGGUGACAGGAAGUGCCCACUGUCCCUUCAACACCGCCCAGCGUGCCGUGGGCAAAGACGACUUCAGUUUGAUCCCCGAGGGCGUCAACGGCACCGAGGAGAGGAUGUCCAUCAUCUGGGACAAGUGUGUGGUGACAGGUAAGAUGGACGAGAACCAGUUCGUGGCGGUGACCAGCACCAACGCCGCCAAGAUCUUCAACCUGUACCCCCGCAAGGGACGCAUCGCCGUGGGCUCCGACGCCGACCUGGUGCUGUGGGACCCGGACGUCACGAAGAUCAUCUCGGCCAAGACCCACAACUCGACUGUGGAGUACAACAUCUUUGAAGGCACAGAGGUGCGCGGCGGCCCUCUGGUGGUGAUCAGCCAGGGCAAGAUCGUGUUGGAGGAGGGGAACCUCCACACCACCGAGGGCUCGGGACGCUUCGUGGCCCGUAAACCUUUCCCUGACUACGUCUACAAGAGGAUAAAGGCCCGCAGCAGGCUGGCCGAGCUGAGGGGCGUGCCCAGGGGACUGUAUGAUGGUCCGGUGUGCGAGGUGUCGGUCACGCCUAAAACCAUGACUCCUGCCUCCUCCGCCAAGACCUCACCGGCCAAGCUGCCCAACCAGCCCGUCCGCAACCUGCACCAGUCUGGAUUCAGUCUAUCUGGUGCUCAAACCGACGACAACAUUCCCCGCCGCAGCACCCAGCGCAUCGUGGCGCCCCCUGGUGGCAAGUCCAACAUCGCCAGCCUGGGCUAGAAGCUCCAACCUCAGGCCGCUGAGGAGGGAACGGAGAUUUGAGGGGGGUGAAUGGCCGACGGGAGCAAAAGGGGGUCGAGAAAACCACAUCACGAUAACCGGGAGAGCCCCGCCCCUUUUCUGCACCGGUGCCGUCCGUUAACCUCGAUCUUUGACUUCCUCCUCCGCUGCGUGUUCAUGCACCCACUCCUCCUCCUCUUCCCCAGUACCCGACCCUAGAGGACACUGCUAGAAACAAAACGACAAAUAAUGAAAAAAGAGAAAAAAAUGAAAAACACUCCUUAUUUGAGCACUUUUUAAAGCAUUAUUUUGUCUUUUUUUUUUAAAUAAUGUACUUUCUCCCUGCCGUGUGUCCUUUGGAUGUUUGUUAUACUGUUGUUUUAAUAGAGGGGUCGAGACUCAACUGAAUUAAUACAGUUCAGAAAAGAGGAUACAUUUCAUGCAAGAUGUCCAUUAUAUUUCCAUUUUCUCUUGGGUCCAAACCCAGUUUUUUUGUUAUUUCCUCAUUCUGGUUUUGAAAUAGGCCAAACAGUAGGUUUGCUUGAAAUUCAAUAGUCAAGCAGUUUAUUCAGCUGAUAAGAAUCUAACACUUCCAUCAAGCCUGUGACUACCUGUGAUUCGUGUUGUGUUGCAUUUCAAUCGCUUCACCUUCCAGGGCCUUCGCCGUCCGUCAACGCAGCCGCUGCGAUCAAUAUGGAAUUGAUUAUUUGCCACGAGGAGCGGCCCCGGGAUUUGAAAAAAAAUUUACCAACACAGGAAUCCUUUUUAUGAUAGAUUUAGACUCUUUGAGUUGGCCCAUCUGUGGCCGAGCUGAGGUACAUGAGUGAAUAUUUCAGAAUUUGGCAGCUGCGAUGAGAGCCUGUGAGUCGACGGGGUGGGGGGGGGGCGUUAAGCCUCGUCUCUGAGCGCUAGGGCCCUCGUCAAGUGAGAGGACUGAAGGAAAAGAUUUAGGAAAGAGAGUCGGCUCAUGGCCUUACUGCUUCUCAUCGGCGUCCUCGUAGAAAACUCUUGAGAAGUGUGUGGAAGGUGCCGUUCACUACGCAGCUUCUUCUUUUCCAGUUUGUGAAUCGCAACGGUACAAAUUUCUCUUUUCGAGCGCUACUGAAGCAGCCGAUAACCGUCCCAUCACCAACCAGUGCAUUUACACACAGAAUGUUUCUGACUCUUUUGUACUCAUCGAGAUCCCUCUUUCCCUUUUCUCUCUUUAUGUGCCUGAACCCACAGAAGUUGUACCGAUAGUUUGAUCUAUUUUGUUUCGUUUUUUUUUUCUUCUUUUCUUGUGUUGGUGUUCUUAAUUGAGGUAAGUGAAGGAUGUAAGAUAAAUUAAAGAUGUAAAAUAGCCAGGAUUUAACCGAUUCUAAGGUGCCAGAUUUUGCGCUUUCAUAGGGCCUCCUCUUCCGGGAGGAGCUCCCGUUAAAGAUGAAACCCGCUCGAUAUCUUGAAAAUGUUCGAAUGUCUUAGAGUUUUUAAACUUGUCGUCAAACUGCUUUUUUUUUUUAGCGUCACCCUGUAUUUAGUUGCCUUAGGGCUGAGCACUAUUGAUUUUACGCUUGAAAGUAGCCAUGAGCUAAUGUACUUCUGACUAGUGUGCAGUGUUGAUGUGCGAGGGAUGGGACACACCACAGGCUCCGGUUCUCUCUUCUGUCCUGGACGAGCUGUGCUGAACGCUCACAUGUGCAUUUUUCUGCUUUUUUUUUGGGGCCCGAUCUGGUUUUCAUUAAGCCAAGCAACCGAUUUCCUGUGUUACCUCUUAUGUCAACAAGGUCUUGGCCACCAUCGUCCUGCAGCUUCUUUUUUCACGAGUCAACACGGAGCAACAAGCUCAGCCUGACACAGACACAACCAGGGGCCGGUUACGUAAACGUAGGUUAUGACUCAGACUUUUCUACCAACUCAUUUUGAACUACUAUGACACCCGUACCGUAUGUACCAUUCAGAAUACCACACUCAUUUAUAUCCUGCUUGGUAUUCUAUAUGUUUUUAAAUCAAGCCCCUAACUCAAAGUAAGUUAGCUACUUAAACAUAUUCAAGUCUUUGUGUUGUUGUGGUUGUUUUAAACUCCAACACAAAAUGACAUUUUAGAAAUCUGAUCUACAACACACAAGGCUGUUAGCUUCUGUUUUUAUGCAACUGGCCCCUGAUUCAAACUCACACACACACACAAACACAUUUACACACACUUACACCAUCUCUGUGUUUGUGCACAGAGAUGGUGCACA